UUCUUCUUCUUCUUCUUCUUCUUCUCGCUGCGGUUCGGGUUUUGCUCCUCCGCAGAAUAUUUGUUUUAUUUUUGGCGCAGAUCAGCGAGCAUCGGGCCGGCGGCGCUCCAACAUGUUGCGGUUGUUCCUGCUCCUGCUGGCGGUGCCGGCGCAGACGGUUCUGUCCACCAAGGCCGUGUUCGAGCUGAAGGUCCAGACCUUCAGCAGCUCCCGCAGCAUCUGCGACCAGAACCGGGACUGCCGCAUCUUUUUCCGCAUGUGCCUCAAACAUUCGCAGAGCGUCAUCAGCCCGGAGCCGCCGUGCACGUACGGGAACGCGAGCAGCGCCGCGCUCCCCGCGGACCCCGGUUCCAUCUCCGGGAGCGCGCCCAUGAAGGUGAACGUCUCCUUCAAGUGGCCGGGCUCCUUCUCGCUGAUCCUGGAGGUUUGGACCGCAGACUCCUCAGGUGUAAAGUCCACAGGCGACCAGCCGCGGCUGCUGAGCCGGGCGUCCCGCCUCGGCAGCCAGGCGGUGGGGGAGGAGUGGUCGCAGCAGCUCCACCAGGGCAACCAGAGCGAGCUGAGCUUCUCCUACCGGGUGGUGUGCAUGGAGAACUACCACGGCGACGACUGCGCCACCCUGUGCCGGCCGCGCACCGACGACUUCGGACAUUACCGCUGCGACGCCCAGGGCCAGCGCCGCUGCCUGGAGGGCUGGGAGGGCAACUACUGCACCGAGCCCAUCUGUGCAGGCGGCUGCGGGGGGCACCGCGGCGUGUGCGAGGCGCCCGGACGCUGCCGGUGUAACGUGGGCUGGGAGGGGCAGCGCUGCGACAGCUGCCAGCGGCACCCCGGCUGCCUGCACGGCACCUGCCUGCUGCCCUGGGAGUGCAGCUGCAAUGAGGGCUGGGGAGGCCUGUACUGCAACCAAGACCUGAACUACUGCACCAACCACCGGCCGUGUCAGAACCAGGCGUCCUGCACCAACACCGGCGAGGGCAGCUACACCUGCAGCUGCCGGCCCGGCUUCUCCGGCGUCAACUGCGAGAUCGAGACCAACGAGUGUGACAGCGCCCCCUGCAGGAACGGAGGAAGCUGCACAGAUCUGUUGGACGGGUAUUCCUGCGCGUGUCCUCAGGGUUUCUACGGAAGGGACUGUGAGAUCAGCGCCAUGCGGUGCGCAGACGGGCCGUGCUUCAACGGGGGAACCUGCCUGGAGGCCGUCGGCGGCGGCUACAGCUGCCGCUGCCCGGUCAGCUUCUCCGGCUCCAACUGCGAGAAGCGGCUGGACCGAUGCAGUAGCGGGCCCUGCGCUAACGGCGCACGUUGUCUGGACCUCGGCAGCCGGGUCGUGUGCCAGUGUCGUUCGGGCUUCACCGGGACUCUCUGCGAGACCAACAUCGACGACUGCGCCGGCGACCCCUGCCGCAACGGCGGCACGUGCCUGGAUGGCAUCAGUGACUUCAGCUGCUCGUGCACCCUGGGCUUCUCUGGGAAGGACUGCGCGGUGCGCAGCAGUCCCUGCGGCUACUUCCCCUGCAGCAACGGGGGAACGUGUUUCGCCCACUUCUCCGGCCCCGUGUGCCAGUGUCCGCCGGGCUUCAUGGGCGCUCGCUGUGAGUACUCCCUCAGCAUUCCCUCUCCAAGACCUCCAGGCGGCGCCGACGCCUCUCCGGCGCUGAUUGCCGCCAUCGCACUCGGCCUGGUGACUCUGUCGCUCCUGGCGUGCGCCUCCAUCCACAUCCUGCGUCAGCUGCGCCGGGGCAGGAAGCUGGCGGCCAUGUCCAGGUCCGUCAAGAAUGACCUGGAGACGGUGAACAACCGCAGCGCUGUGAUCGGCGGAGGCGUCCCCAACAACGGGAGCCUGGUGGGGGCGCCGGCGUGCAGCCUGAAGGAGAAGGAGGCCUUUCUCCUCCCUGGAGGUCCGUAUAAAGUGUCCAACAAGGACGCAGCGCUGGCGGAGAAGAGCAGCGACAGCGGGUCCAUGAUCAAAAACAAAAUGGCCGACUGUAACCUGGCCAAAGAGGAGCAGCGCCUGGAGAAGAACAACUUUGACCCGCAGAAACUCGACUCCUCCGUCAUCGUCCCUCCUCUCAGCUUUGCCAAGGACAGUGUGUACAGGAUGGGGCCCCAUGGAGCCGGGCCCCAUGGAGCCGGGCCCCAUGGAGCCGGGCCCCAGCCGGUGUUCAUCGUCCCGGAGCCCAUGGAGCAGCGUGUGUUUGCCACACAGGUAUAGCCCUGAGUUUUCAGAACCCCAGCAGAGGAGCGUUCCCACUGGAGGGCCUGAAGCGUUUCUGUCCUGGACAGAACAGCCAGAGGGUCUAUUCUACACACACCUUUUUAUUUAAUAUUUAUUGCUGCUGCUCAAUGGAAACAAGCAAAACACCACGAAGACUCAUUCUGCUUCAAUAGUGACAAUGUUGUGAUGAAAGAGGGAAGAUAAACCCACA